UAUUCUUCACCCACAGCUCUAACCAACAUUCUGGUAGGGCCGGUUCUUUUCAUGGAUAUCUUUACAUUUAUUUCGGAUGGUUAUGUGGAUCGAUAUGCAAAUUUGGCUGGAUGCACACUCCUACUCUAUGACUAUUUACUCACCCUAGAUGAUGAGAUUGAAUUCAUCUGGAGAAAAUCAUGGUCAAUUGGAAAAGUGUUGUUCAUAAUUAGCCGUUAUUAUUCAUUGAUAGUCACAAUUGCGGUCAAUAACUACGCCUUUUUUGGAGGUUUAAGUGGUUCAGUGAGCUUCCAAUUCUCUCACUGGCAGGGUUGGAGUGGACUCAUCACUUGUAUGAUAGUGGAAACCAUUCUACAAAUGCGUUUAUAUGCAUUGUAUUUUCUUGACAAGAGAAUUUUGUCAUUAAUGAUUGUAAGCUUCAUUGUAAGCUCAGCAAGUACAGCUGCUGUGUGGGUCAUAUUGACUAGGGGAAACUUUAGCACCCAACUUGAAUUUCCUUUCUGUCUUAUAAAAAUGCCAGAUUACUGCUAUGCAAUUUGGAUCCCACGACUUGCAUUUGGUACAUUGUUAUGUAUUCUUGCACUGAUACGUGGAUUCCAGCUUGCAAAAGACGAGAGUAGUGUCUUUGAAUCCUCCACACUCCCUUCUGGGAGGAUUCUCAUGAAGGUCUUGAUCAGAGAUUGUAUCGGGUCCUAUCUGGUAUUGUUUACGGUUUAUUUGACAUUUCUAACAAUCUGGUUAAAAAAUACCAAUCUCAUCGAAACUUGCUUCAGCCUCUCAGUCGCGUUUGAGUCCAUUGUUGGAACUAGGACCAUUUUGAGUAUUAGGAAGGUCACAACAAGUGGUGGUCCUGAUGUGUAAACAUCAAUGAAAUCACAUUGCUACACUAUCAUACCAAGCUGUAAUACUUAUUCCUUCACCUCAUAUGUAGUGAUAUAAUGGACCCCUCGAGGGAAACCUCAAGCUUGAGCUGUAA